AUGUACCAUUCUUCUCAGGCAAAUGAGGAAGACUGUGUUUGCUGUUCUUUUACGGAGAGGAAGAAACGGGAGUUGCUGGAAGGAAAACUGAAGACUUGGGUCCCCAAAGGAGAACAGAGUGGUUGCAAUAUUGAUCAAAGUAAAGUGGAAUCUAGAAAAAGAGCAAAUGAGCAAACCAACACACAGGAACAAUGGGCAUAUUCAACUAAGAAAUGUCGGCAAGAUCAGAUCACUUCCCCAUAUAAGACAGUUAGCAUCACCUUAGAUGGAAAUCACAAGAAAAAUGAAAAAAUGAAAUACUUGCUCACACAUAGGAAGACAGAUAGCUUAUACACAGCACUCAACACUCUCGAUGCUGUCAAAGAAGAGAUAAAAAAUCAACAAGGCAAAGAAAUGCUGGUGUAUGGGAAAGAAGGAAUCAAAGGGUAUAUAAAUCUUGGCAUGCCUCUCUGCUGUUUUCCAGAAGGCAGCCACGUGAUCAUUACAUUCUCUAAAACCGAAAGUGAGCAGGGAGAAAGUAAGCAAGUGUUUGGUUCACAGGACCAGGUGUAUGCAGACUGCGUCAAAUUUUACAUUCACGCAGUUGGGAAGAGGAACGAAAGGAUUCUCAAGUGCAGAGAUCUUCACCAAGAGGGGAACAAACUCUGUAUCUAUGGCUUCAAGGGAGAGAGCAUUAAGGAUACUCUGAGGAAGGAUGGCAGGUUUCACUCCUUUGUGGAGAGUGACCAUUGGAAGCUCAUUAAUGACCUGGACACCAUCAUAGAAAACACCCAGCCAGUUGAUGAGUUAGAGGACAAGCUCUUUCAGGUCGAGUUUGAGAGAAAAAGUUGUUCUCAGGCAGCAGACUUCACUGACUUAGAGAAGCCAUCUUACUAUGAGUUAAAAGAAUACAUUGUGAACGAGUAUCCCACCUUGAAGAGAGAGUGUAAAAAACUCAGAGCAUACAUCAAGGAAGAAAGUGUAAAACAAAGUAAGAAAACUUCCUCAUUUGAAAUGCACAGAGCAAACUUCAGGAAACUGACAAAAAACUCCACCCCAACUAGAGUGCUCAAACUUCUUUCACAGUUCAGUGACUCAGUUGGGCUCAUAGUUUGGAACAACAACGGAAAUGAGGGCUAUGCCACCUGCUUCGUCUUUACAGGAUUGUAUGUUUUCACUUGUAUGCAUAUGAUAAAUGACAUUGUGGGUAAAGGCACAGAGCUAAGUAAGUGGGCAGAAAAAAUUAGUCAAUGUGCAAAAGUCACAUUUGAUGCAAAUGAAGACAACUGCUUUUCCAUUGAAUCUUGGUUUGAGAUAUAUGAUGAAACCCUUGACUUCGCUGUCCUGAAACUGGAAGAAAAUGAACAACAAGUCCCUGCAGGGCUAUUUAAUGGAAUAGCUCCUGUACCAUCCAGUGGAUUGAUUUAUAUGAUUGGUCAUCCUGAUACAAAAGAGAAGCUUAGUGAUGGCUGUGUUCUGGUUUCUCAAGAUGAGCACAUUCAGGAAAGAGAAGCAGUGGGUGGCAGUAACCCUCCACAGUAUGUCUAUAUGUACACCCAGAGAAGUUUCCAAGAAACAGUCCAUGAACCUGGUGUGCUUACCUGGGACAACAUUUUUUAUUGUGGGUCUUCGGGAUCUCCUGUAUUCGAUUCUAAAGGAUCACUCAUAGCCAUGCACACUGCUGGCUUCAUUUGUGAGUAUGAAAGUGGUGUUUCCAGUAUUAUAGAGUUUGGCUGUGCUAUGGAACCUAUCUUCACUUAUAUUAAGACAAACCAUAGAACAUGGUAUGAUAUGGAAUGUGUAAAUCAGCAGGAUGUAGAAAUGCCUAGUCAAGAUCCUUAG